AGGGAGUACUGAGGGCGCUGGUGGCAGAGGGUUUGGUUUUAAGGGUGGGAGUGAUGCUCGGGGUGCGGAGCGGUCAGUCAGUGCGCGGCGAGGCGCGCCAGCUGCCGCACGUCAUGAUUCUAGCCCAGAGCAACCUGACAGAAGAUGAAGAAGAGGAAUUACCAGAGGACGCGUUAUCAUUGCUCUCAGUGUUAUUCGUUGGUUUCCUGCUAUUUGUCUUGAUAUUUCUCUCAGUUGCCGGCAAUGUCCUCGUGUGCGUGGCAAUAUACACUGACAGAGGAUUACGAAGAAUAGGAAAUUUAUUUUUGGCCUCAUUAGCAAUCGCGGAUUUAUUUGUUGGAUGUUUAGUGAUGACAUUUGCUGGAGUAAAUGAUCUAUUGGGUUACUGGAUGUUCGGACCGAGUUUCUGUGACACAUGGAUAGCAUUUGACGUUAUGUGCAGUACUGCCUCGAUAUUAAAUCUAUGCGCGAUAUCACUGGAUCGCUAUAUUCACAUAAAAGAUCCCCUGAGGUACGGACGCUGGGUGACCAGACGAGUCGCUGUUGGAAGCAUUGCCGUUGUCUGGCUUCUUGCUGGUACUGUGUCGUUUGUUCCUAUUAGUCUGGGUCUUCACAAGAGCCAGGAUUCGAAAAAUUCAUCUCCUACCUACAACGAUGGUCUCCAAGAAUAUCCAACUUGUGCUCUCGACUUAUCGCCCACCUACGCUGUUCUAUCAUCCUGCAUAUCAUUUUAUGUUCCUUGUGUUGUGAUGGUCAGCAUAUAUUGUCGACUGUAUUGUUAUGCUCAGAAACAUGUUAAAAGUAUACGAGCGGUUACAAAAUUACCGCAGCCAUCAUCAUUAGGGAAAAGUUUUCGUGCCAAAAGUACACGAAAUAAAUUACAGCAUCAAGAGCAAACUAAAAGUAAGCCACCGGCUAAAACGAAGCCCACAUCACCCUAUCACGUUUCUGAUCAUAAGGCAGCAAUAACUGUUGGUGUUAUUAUGGGAGUUUUUUUGAUAUGCUGGGUACCAUUUUUUUGUGUCAAUAUUGUUGCCUCAUUUUGCAAAACUUGUAUACCAGAUCGAGCUUUUCAGGUAUUAACCUGGCUCGGAUACAGUAACUCGGCCUUUAAUCCGAUAAUCUAUAGCAUCUUUAAUACAGAAUUCCGUGAGGCAUUUAAACGUAUCCUAACAAAAGGAGCCCGAGCACGUGGUAAUCAGCCAUCGACUAGUGAGUGCGGUGAAUUUCGUUCGGUUAUUGUACAAAAAAGAAAUGGGUCUAUUGUUGAGUGUAAUAUAAGUCAUAGAUCUAGCGCUGACAGUUGUCAAGUCGGUCAAUUAGGUAGAUUACAACAGAUUAAUCACCAUCGUGAUACCAUCGUUAGUUCUAUUUAAAUUUUAAUAUAUAAAUAAAUAUAUAUACACAUAUAUUUAUAUAUAUAUGUAUAUAUAUAUAGAAAUCAAUAUUUAAUUAUAUUAUCAUAAUAGAUACCAACUGUACUAUAUUUAAAUAUCACGAGCUCAUGUAGCUGUCAUGGAUUUAUUUAAAAAAAAAAAUAUUCAAUAAUAAUAAUAAUUAAUUUAUAAAAGACCAUGUCAACGACAAUCAAUUCGCAAAUAACAUAUCCGCACAUAUAAAAAAGAGAAAUAAUAAUAACAAAUUUUAUUAUAUAUAUUGAAUAUAUAAAUAUACAUAUAUGAAAAUCAAUAUCAAUUUUAAUAAAUUCUAGGGUUUUGUUUGAAGUUAUUGUACCAUAAGGGCUGGAAUUUAAUUGAUAUUUUAAUUACCGUCAAUUUUAUUUAUUGACUUUUUAUUUUUGAUAAAAAUAAAUAUGUGGACAUGAAUGUUGAUAUAAAGCCGAGUAAAAUGAGUGGUCACAUGACUAUAAUUUGACGAAGUGAUGAUUAAGAUAAUUAAUUAAUUAAUUAGUUAAUCAAUUUUCGAUUUUGGGGGAAUUAAAAUUUAUUUUCGAGAAAAUUAUUAUGAGAAGAGUAGUGGUGAUGAAAAGCCGAGUAAAAUGAGUGGUCACAUGACUAUGGAUUGACGAAGUGAUUAUUAAGAGGAUUAAUUGAUUAAUGAUUAAUAGAUUAAUUAAUAGAAUGAAGGAUAUGUUGAGAGUAAACGUUUUCAUGGUUUGCAUUGAUGGCAUGAGGAAAAGGUUAAAGAAGUUAUGCGACAAAAGGCGCCAAGAAAUCUUAAUUGGUCAAUUAAUUAAUUAAUCGAUUCAUUGAUUAAUUAAUCAGAUAAUUGAUUAAUAAUAAAAAUUAAUUCUUAGCAGUACAGGGUUGUAGGUACUCAUUUUACUCGUCAUGACAUCUCCUGUAAGAUAGAACUGAAGACUUAAUUAAAAAAUUUUUUUUUCAAAAUUAAUUAAUUUCAUUAAUUAAAAUAAUGAUUUUUUUUUCAACUUAAAUAUUUUCAUGUGGGUACUCAAACUUCAGGAAUUUUCGUUUUGAAUCCAAACAUAAUGAAAAAAAAAAAUUUUCGAUUUUCUCUAAUAUCAAAAUUUUGAAAUUUUUUUUUGUCACCUAAACAUAUCGAUGCGGGUACUUGAACUUCAUGAAAUUACCUCACAAAUUUAGAUAUGGCAUCAAAUAUUAAUAAAAAUUACACUUUUAUGGUAUAUAUCUAAAUCUUACAGUAAAUGUGCACAAAAAAUAUCAACAGGCCAUCUCUUAGAAAAGAAAUACUAUAAAAAUUACCUAGUGAUUACCAUUUUUCUCAUCUUGUAAAUGAUCAUUUAUUUAUUUUUUUAUUAUUCAUUAAUAAUUAAAUUAAAAGUUUAAACGAAAAAAAAAAUAACCAAAGUACGAGACAUUAGAAAAAGAAUUAAAACAAAAAGAGUUAUUGAAGUCAAAGGUCAAGACUUGUUUUUUUUUCUAUUAAUUAACGAUAAAAUAUCAUAAUUGAUUAUAAUUACGUGCGCAAUAUUAAUGUAAGCAAUAUUUAUGUCUCAAAUAAGCGCAUUAAUACUCAUUUAGUUGUAAUUAUUCUUAUCAAUAAUAAUAAAUAAUUAUAAUUAUAAUAAUACUGAUAAUGAUAAUUGAUAGAAUGAUUAUAUAAAAGUUAUACUUUUUUUUUUAAUGAAUAAAUUGUAAUUAAGAUCGUUUUAAAUGUAAAUAUAUAUAUUUGUUAAAUUAUUUAUUUAUAAUUAAGUAAUUUAUUGAUUAUAAUAAAAUAAAUAUAUUGUGUAUUGUUUGUAGAUAAAAAAAUCAAAAUAACUAUGUAUA